GAGAAUCUGACUUGUGUCUGCUGAGUCUGUGCAACAUAUUUGUCUUCUCCCUCCUCUCCUCCCUUCUCUCUUUCUUUCAGAAACACUUUCUUUCCUCUCUGUCUCUCUCUCUUUAGUGUUGCUGGAGGCCACUACACAAAGAAGAAGAAACAAAAAGAAAAAGAAGAAAACUGUAACCCCAUCAAUUUUCUCCACUGGCCAAACAAAACCCAUCAUUUUGGUUGCAAGCUUCCAUAUUUGCUGUUGAUUAUACUAUUCUCUCUCUCUCUCUCUAUAUUUUCUAUGUGCUUUUAUCCUGGGUUUAGGGAAUAGCAGCAAACCCAAACCCAAACCCUAAAAACCUUCAAAACCAGUCGCAUUCUCUUCCAUUGCCGCUACAAAGCUAAAAAGAUUUUCCCUUUACUUUGUUUUCUCUUCCGGGUAAGUAACUGACAUCAAAAUCAUCCUUGUUAUAACAUCUCUUUCUUUAAGCAAGAAAGACCUUUACUUUUUGAAUCUAAAGAUGCAAGCUUCAAAACCCGUCUUUCUCUUUUUAAGUUUUAUCAAUGUACUAGCUUUCGUAACCUCCAAAUCCACAAUAGAACCAUGUUCAAACAACGACUCUUGUAAUGCACUUCUAGGCUACACACUCUAUACGGAUCUCAAAGUUUCCGAAGUAGCUUCUCUUUUUCAAAUUGACCCAAUUGCUCUUCUCACUGCCAACUCCAUUGAUAUCUCUUACCCAGAUGUUGAAAACCAUAUUCUUCCUUCACAGCUCUUUCUCAAGAUCCCAAUAAUUUGUUCCUGUGUUGAUGGAAUUCGAAAAUCUGUUUCUACCCAUUACAAGACUCGGCCUUCAGAUACUUUGGCUUCAAUUGCUGACUCAAUUUAUUCAGGUUUGGUGUCAGCUGAUCAGAUAAAGGAGGCAAAUUCAAUCCAGGAUCCUUCUGUGUUGGAUGUUGGGCAGAGCCUUGUGGUGCCACUGCCUUGUACUUGUUUUAAUGGGACUGAUAACUUGUUGCCUGCUAUUUAUUUGUCUUAUGUUGUGAAGGAUGUGGAUACCUUGGCUGGGAUUGCUUCUAGGUAUUCUACCACUAUUACUGAUUUGAUGAAUGUUAAUGCUAUGGGGAAUCCUUCUAUUAAGGCUGAUGAUAUUCUUGCCGUGCCAUUGCCAGCAUGUGCUUCUAAGUUUCCUAGAUAUGCCUCUGAUUAUGGUCUAAUUGUGCCAAAUGGGAGCUAUGCUAUUUCUGCAAGUCACUGUGUGCAAUGCAGCUGCGGACCAGGAAAUCUCGAUUUGUACUGCAUGCCUGCUUCCUUGGCGGUUUCUUGUUCUAGCAUGCAAUGUAGAAAUAGCAAUCUCAUGGUUGGGAAUGUCACAUGGCAGCGAAGUAGUGCUGGGUGUAAUGUGACUUCAUGUAAUUAUGGGGGAUAUGUCAAUGGCAGCAUUGUGACCAUAUUGUCCACAUCUCUUCAACCUCGAUGUCCAGGGCCCCAGCAAUUUCCUCCCCUGCUAGCCCCACCUACUACUGUGAUUAGGGACUCAACAUCUGGCCCAGCUCCAGCGCCUUCACCACAAUCAGACGGUUCUGUUACAACAACGCCCAAGACUACUACUUUAGUACCAUCAACUGGAUUAGCCCCAAUGGGUGGCCCAAUAGGAGGUGCAUCUGAUGCUUGCGCCUUGGUGAAUUCAUUAGCCAGUUCCUUAAUUGCACUUGUGCUAUACUUUUUUGCAAGCUUCAUGAUCUCCCUUUAAUUGUAAUUUUGCCAUGAACUGUCAGUCCAGUUGGUGGGAUUUUGGUCGGCUUGGUCACUUGAUUUUUAACGGGUCCCAUUAGUCGUCUGUUGUAUGUAACCUUUGAUUUAUUUUUACCUGUGAACCUAUUUGUGGAUGCAGGAAUUAUAGGCCGUCAUUGUGCUUAGCUAAUUUUUUGUUGUACUUGCUGGAUGUAUUAUGUACUUGGAGCAUAUGCAGUUGUUCUUUUUGGA